AUGGAGCCCAGGCUACCCCGCCUCCCCAGGGAGCCCAGGUUCCGCCGCAACCUCAGGGAGCCAGGGUUCCCCCGCCACCACAGAGCCCCUAUUGCCCCGUCGUCCCAGGUUACCUCACCUCCCCAAGGAGCCCAGGUUUCCCUGCCACCCCAGGGACCACAGAUUCCCCCGCAAUCCGAGGGAGUCCAGAUUCUCCCGCCACCCAAGGGAGCCCAGAUUCCCCCGCCGCCCCAGGGAGCCCAGGUUUCCCCGCCACCCAAGGGAGCCGAGGUCCUGCAAACUCCCCAGGCAAAACAGGUUCCCCCGCCAUCCCAGGUUCCCUAA